AUGGAACACCAAAAUAUUAUUUUGGAAUUAUGUAUAUAUUCGGAAAAUAUGUUGAACAUCCCAUCAAUUUGGCAAACGCUGGUUGUUGAUAUGCAAGGGAUUAUUUAUCAAUUUUGGCGAGCCCAAUGCCUUUUCCACGCUGUUAGAUUGGGACCUAAAUUUAUCUCUGUUGAUGUCGCUCGCGCUAUUAUCAUUAAAGGCGGAAUUGUUUCGAAAUACUUUGCUCAACGACUUUUUAUUCACUAUGGAAAUUACGACCAAAAGCUUAUUGAAUUAAAGAUUGUUCAUGGU